AUGACGACUAACUAUUUAGUGCCAAACACCAAACCGAUUAAUGGAAAUGUGUUUCAUUCAUUCGAAAAGAUAAAUGAAAUAUUCGCAAAGAAUGACGGUAGAAGAUAUUAUAGAGAACUUGAAAGUUCAUGCUAUGACUCUGAUGCUCCAUAUUUUGAUGAUAAACAAACUCAUUUAAGAAUUACAAAUCCGGCUCAUGAUGUGAACCAAUUAGGUGACACAUAUAUUAAACGCAAAGUUAAAGCAACUCUAGUUUCAAAUAAAGCUUUCACAUGUGAUGCCGCUUUUAAAUGCAUGCGUUUAUUCGUUGGUUACAAAUCAUCAAAUCAAAGCUUUAAACAAUUAGAAGUAGAAACCGAAAGAGGUGAUGCCGGUUAUCUUCAGAUGGAUUGCGCCCGUGAAUCUUUCGCAUUUGCAACAUAUAAACCAAAA